AUGGAGAAAGCCAAUGUCACAUUGAUGAAGGAUUUUUAUCUGACCGAACUGUCUGAUCUCCCAGAAGUACGCAUUUCUCUCUUUGUGAUGAUUCUGCUGAUUUACUUAGUUACCCUGGCAGGGAAUGGAGCAAUCCUUCUAGCAAUAGGGACUGACGACCAUCUUCAGACCCCCAUGUACUUCUUCCUCAGCAAUUUGUCUUUAUUGGAUAUUUUUUGCCCAACUGUCACUGUGCCAAAAAUGCUCCAAAUUUUCUUGUCAGAGGACAAGAGAAUAUCAUUUAUGGGCUGCAUGUUACAAUUAUUCUUUCUAAUUGAUGUGGUAGGUACUGAAAUUUUCUUGCUAGCAGUUAUGGCCUAUGACCGCUAUGUGGCUAUAUGCAGCCCUUUACAUUACACAAGUAUCAUGAGUAAACGGGUUUGUGCUCAGCUGACAGCAUGGACUUGGUUGCUGGGCUUUAUCAAUUCUGUGGUUCAUACUUCAUUGACCUUUUCUUUAUCAUUCUGUGGACUGAAUAAAAUUAACCAAUAUUACUGUGACCUUCACCCAGUGAUGGCUCUCUCUUGCUCUUCUACUUUUGUCCCUGAACUGGUGGUUCUUCUUGUGGCUAGCAUUAUAGGAAGUGGUGCUUUUCUUGUCACCCUGAUCUCUUACAUCUAUAUCAUUGCUGCUAUCUUGCACAUGCACUCUGCUGAGGGAAGGCGCAAAGCCUUUUCCACUUGUGGAUCUCAUCUGACUGUAGUUUGCUUGUUCUAUGGGGCUACCAUAGCCACCUAUGCUCGUUCUAAUUCAACCUAUUCCCACAAACAGGACAGAAUCAUUUCCAUGUUAUAUGGGGUGGUUACUCCCAUGCUGAACCCUAUGAUCUAUAGUCUGAGGAAUAAGGAAAUGAAAAAGGCCUUGGUUAAAGUGUUUAGACUGAAAAGGUUCUACUGA